AUGUCCAGCCAGCCUUACCAGAAGCCAGUUCUGUCCUCCGAUUCUGUCCUCUUGAAAAUCCACACGCCUUUUCGACUGUUGCGAGCAGCUGCCAGCGUGCCACAUGCCAUCGUAAAACCGCCAUGGGACGGAAAGGUCGAGGAAAAGGAAGAGGUGGUGGUCGUGGAAGGAGACAAAUCUCCACCAGCCUUGAUAUCAUUUGAUUUUGGGGAUAGGAGAAGUGGCAUUGAGAAAUAUGGUCAGGAUGAUGCGGAUGCAUUUCUUGCCUUAGAUGAGCAAUCCGGAGAGGAAGCUGAGCACGAAGAUGAAGAAGAUGAGGACGUCAUGGCCCUGAAACCCUUUGAAGAUGAGAGCAGCAAGCCGCGAGGGUCGCGAGGGGCGAAGAAAACUGCCAAGUCCAAGUGUGCGGAGUCGGAGGAGUCUGAGCCUGACCUGGAGCCAUUGAGCAAGGGUUGGGGCCGGCACGACUUCUAUGGCGGCGAGGAUGCUGGAGACGACUCGGAAGGUGCCAGUGAUGAAGAUCGAACCUUGAAAGAGGCGAAAAAACUUGAGGAGCCCACCGCCGCCAACCCCACCAGAAGCAUUUGGACCUGGGACACCACCAGGGCCGCCGCCAACGACUUCAACGCCUACUACACCACCGGAAGCCUUCUUCAGGUCUAUGCCGACUGGCAUGUGGCUGAUUCCUGGCGAUUGGUGGCCGGCGUCUCCAGCGACGGGGGAUACGCUUUGGAUCAGGAGCUCCGUGCCUUGCGACUUGAAACUCUCAGCGAUCCUCUGGCUGCGCUGCUGGGCGAUGCGAGCGGACCUAGCGAGGCGGCUGAGGUGGGCGAUGCGACAGGUGCAACUGCGAAGUUGGCAGAUGUAGCUGUAGCUGAAGCGCAGUUUGAGUCGAUGUUCACUGAGGAGGCAGAGAAGAGUAAGCUGGACAGGGACAUUUCUCAGCUCUCAAGUGCCAAGAGGAAGAGCUUGUUAAAGAAAGAAGCCCCUGAGCUGCUACCUUUGCUGCAGGAUUUCCAGUCCAAACUGGACAUGCUAUCACCUUUGGUACCUCUUCUGAAACCAGGUGCCCUCUCAGCGCUGCCAGCCUCUGGCGCUGCCUAUGCCACCACCAGGAUCAGUUUGUUGCUGAAUCACUUGGCGAAUUUGUCGUUCUACUUGUUGAUGAAGGCGGAAGGGGGCGAGGUGAAAUCCCACCCGGUGGUGUCGCAACUGGUCUGGCUAAAAGAAUUAGACGCCCAUCUCCAGCCGUUGAACAAACGCCUCAACAAGAAGAUCCAAAAGGUGGCACGGGAAGUUCGCAAACGAUCGAACACAGCUGUGAAACCCUCGGCCCCCGCGGCCUCCAAACAGCCUGUGGUACCUGAAGCGCCUGUGAAGAGUAAGGCACCCCUAACGCUGGCAGAGCGGUUGGAGAAGCUGAAGGGGAAGGUUCAAAAGAAAGAGAAGGCAGAUCCACAGAAACCCUUGGUCCUGGAUUCCACCCUUCCCAGCUUGCUGAAAUUGCCCAAGCGCCGUGCCCAACUUGGGAGCCAAGAUGGUCCGGCGGAUUUGGAUGACAUCGAUCCGACCUUGGGAGCUUGGUUGCCCUCCAGCAGUUUAUCUCAGCAGCUGUCGGAGGUGCAGCAGCACCUGCGCGAACGGAAGGAGAAGGCGGUGCCGCAAGCUUCGGACAAGAACCCCGAGGCCCGUGCCCCUCAGCAGCGUGAGAAACUGCGCUUGGAGCCGGAUACACAAGAAGCAGAAGAGGCUCAGGCUGAGGCUGAGGAUGGAGGAGAACUUGAUGAUCCGAUGAUCCGGGCGGCCAAAGAAAACGCCAAGGCCAAGAAGGAACGGAAGGAAGCUGCGUUGUCAGCCAAAACCAAAGCCAAAGCGGCACGACAAUAUCAUCCAGAAAACAAAAUCGAGGGACGUCGCGGAACCAGCAAGCAAAUCUUGGAAAACAGAGGCCUGGUCCGCCAUCGAAAGAAGAAAGCGGGCAAUGCACGGGUCGCCAACCGUGAGAAGUACACCAAAUUGGUGAAGCGGCGAAAGGGAGCGGUGCAGGAAAUGCGCGAAGGAGCUUCAGAUGGUGCUACCUAUGAGGGAGAGGCUACUGGCGUGCGCACCCACUUGCGCAAGUCUCUCAAACUCAGUUGA